AUGGUUAACAUACAACUGCCCAUAUACCUCGGCGAACUUAUCGACAAGAUGGCUCAGAUCAUCAAAGACCAAUCAAAGGGAAUGGCGACCGAUUUGAAUAUAAUCAAACCCGAAGCUGUCAAACUUGUCUUGUGUUAUACUGCUCAGGCAGUACUCACAUUUUGUUACAUAACUUUCCUAACGGUACUUGGAGAGCGCAUGGCUGCUGAUCUUCGUGUAAAGUUGUUCAGUCGCCUACUCAUUAUGGACAUGGCAUUUUAUGACAGUCAGAAAACAGCUGAACUGUCAGCUCGACUGAAUAAUGAUGUGCAGGAGUUCAAAAGUUGCUUCAAACUUACCGUUGCUCAAGGACUGAGGACACUUACUCAGGAGUCUCUCGUAAGAAGAGCUCAAGCUCAGUCUGCCGUAGCUGCAUCUGUCGCCGAUGAAGCAUUUGGAAACAUCCGAACAGUUCGAGCCUUUGCCAUGGAGGAGCAGGAAGCGCGAUUGUUCGAAAGGGAAGUUCGUAAAGCUUGUUCGAUGCAAGAGCUUUUAGGAAUGGGCAUAGGAUUGUUUCAAGGAGCUACGAACUUUUUCUUGAACGGGAUAGUCUUAUCCGUCCUAUACGGUGGUUCAUCUCUUAUAAAAGAAGGAAAAAUGACCCCUGGAGAACUAAUGGCAUUCCUCGUCACCGCUCAAACGAUUCAGAGGUCACUAAGUCAGCUUUCGCUAGUGUUCGGUACUGCACUCAAAGGAUGGACAGCUGGAGCGCGAGCCUUCGAGUUCGUUAACCUGCACCCGACCAUACGAAAUGACGACGGUGUUUGUAUCCCAUAUCACUCGCUCUGUGGCGGAAGGUGCGCUUCGAGAAUGUAG